AUGGUAAAUUCAACUUUAUCUUACUUCAUUCUUAGUACUUAUAUCCAUGUAGGAACUUUGAGAUACUUGUAUUUUGUGUUAAUUGCAAUGAUAUACAUUUGUAUAGUUACUGUCAACACAUCUCUGAUAGUGAUUAUCUGUAUGAACAGAAGUUUACAUGAACCUAUGUACCUGUUUCUGUGCAGCCUGUUUGUAAAUGAACUGUAUGGUAGUACAGGGUUGUUUCCAUUCCUUCUGCUUCAGAUCCUCUCUGACAUUCACACUGUUUCUGUUCCCUUUUGUUUCCUGCAGAUUUUCUGUUUGUAUACAUAUGCACAUGUAGAGUUUUGUAACUUAGCCGUCAUGUCUUAUGACAGAUACCUUGCUAUCUGUUAUCCUCUACAAUAUAACACACGUAUGACAUUUAACAAAGCAGUUAUCUUUCUUUUUGCGAUAUGGUUGUACUCUUUUGUGAAAUUCUUAAUUACUUUAUCCUUAAACAUCCGUUUGCCACUUUGUGGAAACAUCAUAAACAGUUUGUAUUGUCAUAACUACCUUGUUGUGAAGUUGGCUUGUUCAGACACUGUAGUGAAUAAUAUCUAUGGAUUGUUUGGUGUUGUUCUCACUAUCGUAGUCCCUCUGCUUCCAAUCCUUUUCUCUUACAUGAAGAUUCUUAAAGUUUGUUUUUCUGGUUCUAAACAGACCAGACAAAAAGCUGUCAGUACCUGCACACCUCACCUUGCUUCUCUGCUCAACUUUUCUUUUGGUUGUUUAUUUGAAAUCCUGCAGAGUAGAUUUAAUAUGACAGGUCUACCCAGUGUGCUACGAAUCAUUCUGUCUCUGUAUUUUCUCAUCAUACAGCCACUUCUGAAUCCUAUCAUGUAUGGAUUACAAAUGUCCAAAAUACGAAAUACAUGUAAACAUCUCCUCUGCCAUUAA